AUGGACCAUUUUAUUGCUAAGGUUUCUUCUGACAUUUCAUCUUAUUUUACACAGGCAACACCUUCGGUUGUGGAUUUCCUACAGCCAGAUCUAAACAAACAUUCAGACGCACCCACAGGAGUUCCUCGCAGACCUGUGCUGCCCACACAGAGGGCAGGAGAGCAGGGUUUCUCUCAACAGUUUGUGCGUCCUCAACAGCUGCUGGAGGGCAAGGAUGCUGAGGCCAUCUAUCAGUGGCUGAGUGAGUUUCAGUUGGAGCAGUACACUGUAAAUUUCCUCAAUGCUGGCUAUGAUGUACCUACCAUCAGCAGAAUGACCCCAGAGGAUCUCACAGCUAUUGGUGUGACUAAACCAGGUCACCGUAAGAAAAUUUCUCUGGAGAUUGGCAACCUCAGCAUUCCAGAAUGGCUACCAGAGUACAUACCACAGGAUCUUGGGGAGUGGCUGAGCGCCAUAGGUAUGCCUCAGUAUCAUAAGAAACUCUCUGAGAAUGGCUAUGACUCGAUAAACAUUGUCCGAGAUCUCACAUGGGAAGACUUACAGGAGAUUGGCAUCAUCAAACUAGGCCAUCAGAAGAAAAUUAUGCUUGCAGUGAAGAAGUUGUGUGAUAUUCAUAAGGCUCUUCUGCAGGCAGAAUCGGGGCAGGGCACACUGCGGCGCAAAACCCCCGCAGCCCUGGACUUGGUCACUAUUGAGCCACCUCCUGAGAGCCCCGACCUCCCCUCGCCCCACACGCCCAAGAUGAUGACUUUCCAGGACAGUGAGCUAAGUACUGAGUUACAGAGCGCCAUGUCCUCCCACUAUAGUGGCUGUCAGGAAGGGCUGGCCAUCAAGAACGCAGUAGGAAUGUCUUCCAGUCAGGAGAGCAUUGACACACGCUCUCGAGGCUCCGGACGCUCUCAGGAGCCCCCCAGCACACCGUCCUCCACUUCUACUGCGACCCCUUAUAGCGGCUCCCGAGAGAGUUUAACCAGCCCAGACAGCAGUCCUGUUAAAGAGCGUAACAUUCCAGAAGGUCGUGACCAGGUCCCACGUCCUCAGCUACCACAGCAGCUGCCAUUCAGUGCGUCCACAGGCUUUAAAUACCCCAUGGUGCCUGCCAAACCCAAACUGAAUGAAGAGGAUGAUGAAGCAGCUCAGCUAGCCAGCAUGGCCAUGCCUUCGUAUGCCACACUGAGCCGCAAGCCUACCCGUGGCCAGCUGGCACGGCUUCAGUCUGCCCCCGAGCAGUCCGUCAGCCGAAGCCACUCUUUUGUCAUUAGGGCUCGGCGUAAAGGGCCUCCUCCACCACCACCCAAACGCCUUAGCUCCGUCAGCAGCAGCAGCAGCACUAGUGUUGAAACUGUCUCUGACACUCCAGCAUCACCUUCUGGAGGAGCUGAGAACGGCAGAUCCAGGACC